GUCUUGCACAGGUGUAGCGGAUCCUCCCUUUCAGUCUUGCACAGGUGUACCAGUUCCUCCCCUUCAGUCUUGCACAGGUGUACCGGAUCCUCCCCUUCAGCCUUGCACAGGUGUACCGGCUCCUCCCCUUCAGUCUUGCACAGGUGUACCGGAUCCUCCCCUUCAGUCUUGCACAGGUGUACUGGCUCCUCCCCUUCAGUCUUGCACAGGUGUACCGGAUCCUCCCUUUCAGUCUUGCACAGGUGUACUGGCUCCUCCCCUUCAGUCUUGCACAGGUGUACCGGCUCCUCCCCUUCAGUCUUGCACAGGUGUACCGGCUCCUCCCCUUCAGUUUUGCACAGGUGUACCGGCUCCUCCCAUUCAGUCUUGCACAGGUGUACUGGCUCCUCCCACUUCAGUCUUGCACAGGUGUACCGGCUCCUCCCCUUCAGUCUUGCACAGGUGUACCAGCUCCUCCCCUUCAGUCUUACACAGGUGUACCGACUCCUCCCAUUCAGUCUUGCCCAGUUGUAUUGGCUCCUCCACUUCAGUCUUGCCCAGUUGUACCGGCUCCUCUCCUUCAGUAUUGCACAGGUGUACCGGCUCCUCCCCUUCAGUCUUGCACAGGUAUACCGGCUCCUCCCCUUCAGUCUUGCACAGGUGUACCGGCCCCUCCCCUCCAGCCUUGCCCAGUUGUACUGGCUUCUCCCCUUCAGUCUU